AAAAAUUAAAUCUGCCCUAUGAUCCUGAAACAUUUCGUUUUCGUGUGCGUGACCUUAUUCUCUAUCUAUCACCGGAGCUCUCCGUUUCCUCUGUACUCAUCUCCGGCCACCAUCGGCCACCUCCACGAGCCACCGCCUUUCCAUAUCCAUUAUCCGUUGGUUUAAAAGAGCAACGAAAAAACAGCGUUCUGCUAUGGACCCAUCUAUAGUCAAGCUUCUUGAAGAUGAUGAGGAUGAAACUAUGCAUUCAGGAGCAGAUGUUGAAGCGUUUCAAGCUGCAUUAAAUAGAGACAUAGGCGGAGAUGCUUCUAAUUCUCAGCUUUCUGAUUCAGAUGCAGGAAGCAAUAAUUCAUUCAGUCAAUCAUUACCAACGUGGCCAACUUCUAGCCAUGACAACCAGACCGACUGUCAAAAUCAGGAGCCUAAAAUUGCUCAAGAGCAACCUUCAUCUGAAAUGGAGCUGAAGCAACAAGGACCUGUCGUGGAACAGAUACAAAAUGUUGCCUCACAAGAUGCAAGCAAUCCUACUUUAUCACACAAACAAUCUCAAGAUGAAUGUCUCCAACGCCAGACUGUACCGGUUUCCCACCAACAUUCUCAAACAAAUGAAGUUCAGAAAUCCGAAAAAGAUCCUGCCUUUAACCAUGAGGUAAUCAAAACAAAUAAUCCCAACUGUGAAUCUCAGUAUGCAAAAUUGCAGCAGAUGAGUAAUCAACAGGCCACAGUUAAUGAACAACCUAGUAGCCAAAUCAAUCGUAGUAAGCAGGUGCCAUUUGGCUUAUUGCUCCCUAUCUUGAUUCCCCAGCUUGCCAAAGAUAGAGCCAUGCAACUUACAACAUUAUUUAACAAAUUGAAGAAAGAUGAAAUACCCAAAGAUCAUUUUGUACGGCUUAUGAAGGGGAUUGUGGGGGAUCAGAUGCUUAGAAUAGCAUUGACAAAAGUGCAACAACAGACUAAAGCCAACGCAGGUUCUUCUGGACAGCAGCACCCUGUAAGGAUGCCAACGGUUACUUCCAGUGGAGCAAAAUUUAAUGAUCCCCAUGCAUUAGCUCAACUGCAUCAGAGAAGUUUGAAUCCUGCUGCAGACCAUUCUCAUAAUACUUCUUCAGCUAUCCAAGUGAAGAGUGAACCGACCUAUUCAACUAUGGAUGUUGGUGCUAAAAAAUCUCAGGAACAUGAUGUUCGAGUAGUGCAACCAAAUCAAUUACCAUCAUCAGGUUCUAAUGCUGUCAGUCAAGAAACUGAAAGAUCCGCAGUUCACAUGCAAGGCCUUAAUAAGCAGCAACAACAGCAUAUACAUUUCCCAUCGACAUAUGGAAGCAGUGGUGGUAACUAUAACCAUUUUUCCGGGACAACUACUAGUUCAUCAUCUCUCAGACCACAACCUCAUCCUCAUGAUUCACACAUAAGGCAAAUUGCACAUCAGAAUAUUGGUUUAAAUCACUUGGGUGUAGAACGACAGAGUUCUUUCACUGAUCCUAAGAGAAUGCCAGGUGGAUCUGUGUCGACUGGUGUAAACAAUACAGCACCACAACAAACUUCAACUUCUUGGCAACCUUCAGCAGAACAAAAUUCUGGCUUGUUUUCAUCUGUUUCAUAUGUAAAAAAGGAACCUAACGACCUUUCUAUUGAGCAGCAACAUAGGAAUCAUUUAUCUAAAUUGCAUGGGUUGCCUUCUGUUAAUUCUGGUCAAACUGAACCGGGUAGUGGUGUCAACCAAGGCACUGUGAAGGAUGAGUUUUCAAGAGGUUCUUUAGCACUCACUGGCAUGCCACACCCAACAUCUGCUAGCUUGCCCACAUCAAGCUCUGCAUCUCAACUAGAUCCAACUGUCUCUUUAAGCUCUCAGAUCCCAGCUAGCACUUCUGGUAUGGUGUCAAAGACACCUCUAAAAAGACCUCUUGGCCAGAAGAAACCACUUGAAACACUUGGUUCUUCACCUCCUCCUCCAAGUAAGAAACAAAAGGUGUCUGGGUCAUCUCUGGAACAAAGCAUUGAACAGCUUAAUGAUGUUACAGCUGUUAGUGGUGUUGAUCUUAGGGAGGAGGAAGAACAGUUAUUUUCUGGGUCCAAAGAGGACAGUCGAGCUUCAGAAGCAUCUCGAAGAGUUGUGCAAGAAGAGGAAGAAAGUCUGAUUUUGCUGAAAGCUCCAUUGCAGAGAAAAUUGAUUGAAAUUAUGACUGAGUGUGGCUUGAAAGGCAUGGGUAAUGAUGUUGAAAAAUGCUUGUCACUGGUGAGAUUAAAUAUAUUUUUUCAUUAUUUAUUACAAGUAGGGUUCCAUGUAAUCUUACGGCUGAAAAUAAAUGUGCAGUGUGUGGAAGAGCGAAUGCGCGGAGUAAUAAGUAACAUAGUCAGAAUGUCAAAACAGAGGGUUGAUCUGGAGAAAACAAGGCAUCGGACUGUUGUCACUUCAGAUGUUCGACAGCAAAUCAUGGCAAUGAAUAGGAAAGCAAGGGAAGAGUGGGAGAAAAAACAGGCUGAAGUAGACAAGCUCCGGAAACUAAAUGACGUAGAAGGUGGUUCCGGAGUUGAUGGUGACAAGGACAAGGAUGAUGGUCGCAAUAAAGCAACAAAGGUGAACAAGGAAGUAGAUGACAAAAUGAGGACAAAUGCUGCAAAUGUUGCAGCCCGAGCUGCUGUUGGGGGAGAUGACAUGCUGUCGAAGUGGCAACUUAUGGCUGAGCAAGCCAGGCAGAAACGUGAAGGGGGAACAGACACUGCAUCUGGUUCUCAGCCAACCAAAGAUGUCAGUCGCAAAUCUUCUCCAUCAUCAGGAAGGAGCACAAAAGACAAUCAAGAAAGGGAGAGAAAAGGUCCAAAUUCUCUUGGGAGUUCAGCGUCUGGUAGGAAGUUUGGGAAAAACCAUUCCCCUGGAUCUCAAACUCGCAUAGCUCGUAGCAUCUCUGUGAAGGAUGUGAUUGCAGUCUUGGAGAGGGAACCUCAGAUGUCCAAAUCGUCACUCUUAUAUCGAUUGCAUGAGAGAAUCCAUUCUGAUGCUUCAACUGACUAAGUGACAUCAAUUGGUCCCAUUUUCAAAUCAGCUUCAAGCCCUUUUCAGCUCAAAAAGAUGUGACUCAUUUAGUGGAAAGGUUGUUUCUUUCAUAUCAUGGGCAGACAUUCAGUAAUUCAUUUUUGGCUUAUUACUGUAAUUGGAUGGUGAAGAGUAUGAUUAUUUCAAGAUAAAACCUUGGCGUUUUAUCCUUUAUCUAUUUGAAAAUUAUAAUGGUAGGAGAUGGAGAACUAGUCAUAUUUACUAUCAAGGGAGAGGAACGUCUCAAACUUGCCAACAUGCUCAUCUCUAGGUUUAUUAGCAAUUUUGUAUAUUCAUGAUAAGAAAAUUGUAGUUUGUUUAUUGAAUGAACCAAGAUGUUUGGUUCGUUUUGCGUGAAAGUAAAUAUAUUCCCCAUGGUUGCCGAUAUUUUUCAAAUUGUCUCAUAAUUAUUGGUAAAAACUGUUGUUAUAUAACCGAAUUGAACUAUAGUUAACCGACCCCAAACCGAAUUGCAUCGAACUAAUCAUAUAGUAUAGUAUUACUUGGUUUAUGUUCAAA